CCAACCAUGCGUCUGAUACUGAUCUUCCUGACCGUUGCGCUGACAUUCGUCGCUGGUAAUGUGGUGAAAAGAGCAGUGUCUCUUUCAAGCGAUUUGAGUAGAGUUCGCCGAGACGUGGCAAUUACAAAAAUAGACGGCUCCUCAGAAAGUGCUGAAGAAGCGUUUGGAGACGAAAGAGCAAAACGAGCGGCAGAAUCUGAGGAUGACGGCGGAUCCGCAGAAAGCGGAGAAGGCGAGGGUUUGAGGGACAAGAGAGCUGCAUCCGAUUCUGCUGAAAGUGCCGAAAGCGCUGAAAGCACUGAAGGUCUUGUGGGUGCGAGAGCGAAACGAGCUGCUUCCUCCGAAGAAGGUGGUGAUGAAAGUGCCGAAGGAAUAACUAAGGUCAAACGAGCCGCUGUCGAUUCGGCUGAUAGUGGAGAUAUUUCGGCCGGAAGCGCUGAGUUGCACGCUGUCGCGAGAGUCAAGCGAGCUGACGAAUCUGCAGAAAGUGGGGAGAAAACAGAAAGUGGUGAAGAAAUCUUUGGCCAUGAGGAGAAAAAGUAGAGCAAGUUAGAUGAAGUGAUAUCGCAGCGUAAUGGGUUUGUCGACUUAACUUCAUGACCAUG